GUCUUAUAAGCUUCAACAAGUUAGAGGACUUUCAAGAACGAAAACUAGCAUUGAGGUUACCUGGGAGGCGCCACCUGCCUAUACCCACAAUGGUGUGCUACGUGGGUAUUACGUAUCAUGGAAGCACGCUGGCGUCAAGUCUGGUACAUUCACCACACAUAGAGUAACGCCUGCAAGCAAGAGGAAAUACUUGAUUCAAAAUCUGUUUUCUAACUCACGGUAUGAAGUUAAAGUUCAGAUGUUUAACGACGCUGGUGGUGGCCCAUUCAGUGAUCCAGUUGUGCUUCGAACUAAAGAAGAAGUUCCCAGCAGCCCUCCCCGAAAUCUUUUCGUAGUAAACGUCUCGUCUCGUUCUGUACUACUGCAAUGGGACGACCCACCUCAACAAGACUGGAACGGACAACUCUCUGGGUAUACUGUUCUCGUGCGUGAGUUUAAUACUGAAAUUGAACAACGGCUAUUUGCAUCUCGCGAUCCCUCAACGUUCACCCAAGUACAUAAUGUGACAAAUCUAAAGACUUACACUCAAUACAUCUUCUCCGUAAGUGCGAAGAAUAGUGUUGGGGGCAGCUCAUACUCGAAUGAAGUACAAGUUAGGACAACAGAAGAUGUUCCCAGUGCUCCGCAACGGUUGCAGAUCGUCGAUCAAUUCUCCGAUACAAUUAGCGUAAACUGGUUACGACCACGUGAAGUGAACGGCGUUCUUAUUGGCUACACGGUUAAGUAUUGGAAAGUUGAUCAAAACGGUAGUCGGAUCGGUAACCCAAUGACUGAUGAGGUUGCGGGUAAUGCCCUUCAGGCUGGCAUCACAAAUUUAGACUCUAGAUCGAGUUAUAUAAUUGAGGUUGCAGCAAAGACAAAUGCUGGCGUCAGCAAGUCGGCAAAAAUUCAAGGACGUACUCAAGAUGUGGCAGUUCAACCUGGGCCUCCAAGCAAUCUUCGUUCCCUUGAAACCAACGCUACGACACUUAAGCUAACAUGGCGCGAGGGAUUCAAAGGAAAUUCGCCUAUCACGAAGUACCUCGUUCAAGGGAACAAUGAAACCGGCUUUAAAAACAAUCGCGACUCCUUGUGGUUUGACGCGCUCGUUGUCAUUAAUCCAUACAAAUAUCACAAUCUCCCACCGGUGAUCAUCGAGAGCUUACGGCCAUUCACGACAUAUCGUUUCCGAGUAAACGCCUGGAAUAAGGUUGCUGCUAGUGACUUCAGUGCAAUAUCGGGGGAAAUCACGACACAGCAAGCAGCACCCGAGUCACCACCAUUGAACCUAAGAGUUAACCCCCCACGCUAUCCUGGGGAGUUGACAUUAACGUGGACGCCUCCCCCACGAGAGACUUGGAACAGCCCCUUUAUCAAGUAUACGAUCGAACUUCAAGAGCAGGGUGAACGAAAUAAUUUUACAAAGUUUGUACAGAGCGGAAUUCGUGGAAAUGCACGACAAAGAAGACUGUUUUCCUUAAGUAAAUUUACCAUGUACGAAAUAACGAUGAAGACCGUCAACGAGCGCGGUGAAAGUCCUAGAACUCCUGUUGUCAUCGGUCAAACACAGGAACAUGUACCUGACCUCCCGCCCUCAAAGAUUCGGGCCAUUGCCCAAUCCGGAUCGAGUAUCUCAUUAACCUGGGAUGACGUAGAUGAAAAGAGAAGAAAUGGUGUUAUACUUGGAUAUAAGAUAUUUUACCGUCUAGUGAAGUACGCGCCUCAAGAAUUCAAGGAAAUCAACGUGAACAAUGUGAAACAGUACACACUGGAGAAACUGCUGGGCUACUCCAAGUAUGAUAUAAGAAUUCUUGCUUAUACCCGAAUUGGAGAUGGCAAGAUGAGUGACAGGCUUAAACCUUAUCCUAUGACGUUGGAAAGCAAACCUGGACCUCCCAGCCAGUUGCGCUUCCCGACCAUAACUCCCUCUGUUGUUGUUGUGAAUUGGGGACCACCGGAAAUGACAGGAGGCAAUAUAACAAAGUAUCGAGUCUCAUAUCGAUUGUGUGACGAUGCAUCCCCACCUAUCGUUAGGCCUUCGCUCGUUGGAACAAAAUACACUGACACGGUGAUUGAUCUCUCCCGUGAAAGAUACUAUAUCUUCGAAGUUGCUGCAUUCACUGUCGGUGGAGGUUGGGGAGAAAAAGCUGUGGGACAAAUAUUCACAACUCAAGGUGGAAACAUUGACGAAAAGCCGUCUAGACCCCUCAUUUUACCAAUCAAAGAUUCCCAUAUCACAUGGCGCUCGAUUCUGGUUAGAUGGGCUGUUGGUAAACGUCGCGACCAGCCAAUAAGAUAUUUCACCCUGCAAUACCGCAAAGGAGAAGGAGCAUGGGAAAGAUAUCCGAAACCCCUCUCUGGUGACUCAAAGCAAACGGUUGUCUGGGGACUAGAAUCUAGUCAACUUUUCAGCUUUGAAAUCACGGCGACCAACGACGCUGGGGACAGUCUCCCUAGUCUUCCAUCGCCUUUUGUGAGGACAUUGAGUAAAUCUCUUCCCGGAAGUCCUCGUGACGUUCGCAUUACGUCGCCAACGCCGAACUCGUUUUUGGUUUCCUGGAAGCCUCCAUUGUCAGUUGACGUUGAAGCGACUGUGGUAAAGUACGUCCUGCGCUAUCGUUUACACCAGGAAAAUAUCUUCAGAUACGUAAACUAUAUUAACUUCAACAUCCCAUCGGCAUCCAGAGAGUAUCGGCUUGCGUCACUUAGAGUGUACACGUUGUACGAUCUACAGUUACAUGCCGUCGACUCAAAUAAUAAUCCUCUACCAAGUUAUAUCGAAACAAGAAGAACUUCUGCUCGGUUACCUCCACGACCUGUCCUUCAUAGCAGUCCUAAUGCUGGUCCAACAUCCAUUACCAUAUCCUGGGAUCCUCCUACAUCAACCAGUACUCCCUUACUCGGAUACAAGGCGGACUUCAACCUUCCCUCUCGACGUCGCAGGGCCGUGAGCGUGCAAUGCGAAAGUCCACAACCUGGUGUCGCAUAUUUUAGUAAUACGUCGACUAACGGCAGGAUCGGCGGUCUGCGCAUGUACACGUCUUACGUCGUUGUGCUGAAAUCUUUUAACAGCGCUGGGGAUAGUGAACGUAGCAAUAGUAUACGUGUCACAACUGCUGAAGGAUUGCCAGGUGCGCCUGCAACUUUGUUUUGAUGGUGUAUACGUCACUCAAGUUCAUCUUUACUGGGAAGCUCCGUGUGAGCCAAAUGGGAUAAUUACAGAUUACAUUCUCACUGUUUUACUGGAUCGAUUCGGAGACAGACGAUAACAAAGAAAAGUAACGAACAUACUCAUCAAGUCAUGGCAUUGACGCCAAACACGAAUUAUAGAUUUAGGCUUGUCGCAAGGACAUCGCGUGGCGAAGGCAUUCCCAAAGUUCUUGAAGUUAAAACUAAAUCCGUUAAAACGAAACCAGACCCCCCUACUAUCGUCGGUGCAACAGCACGAAAUAAUGACGUAAUACUAAUUUGGCGCGAUCAGUUUGAUGGAAACACACCUAUCACUCAAUAUAUUGUGGAGUAUCGAAUUU